CAUCAUCAGUCGAAUAAAUUUUUCUGCUCGUUCAAUAUACACGUAAGUGUAUAUUAUUAUAUAUUCUACAGUCAAUACUGAAGUUUAAACAGUAUAUUAUUAUACAGACACUACUGGAAAUAGAAAGGAAUAUCAUGACAGACAAAAAUAAUAUUUUAUACUUGUUCGAUCGUCCUACUGAACCUAUAUUCAUUGGGAAAGGCGAUGAUAAUGUGUCUUUCGAUGUGCCUACUGAAUACUUGAUCGACCGUUACAAGCCAUUGGCAUCGGACAUUCAAACUCGUUUUCCCGGUGGUAAAACCAUUCCAAUCAUCAAGUUGAACAAUAUUCCUGACUUAUCGAUUCCACUAGGACUUAGUAGAGAUGCGCCAUUUUCGCUUUUCAACCCAUCCCACAGUAAAAUGGCCUCGAAGCUCAUCGAGAUUCUUAUGAACACGAAAUCGUUCGACGAACUCUUAUCACUUUCCGUGUACUGUCGCGACCGGAUCAACCCGUACAUGUUUAUUUACGCACUGUCCGUAGUAAUAAUACACAGACCCGACACUCGCAAUUUAAGACUACCAUCGCACUCCGAAAUGUUUCCUAGUCUGUACAUGGACUCUUCGGUGUUCAGCCGCGCCAGAGAAGAAUCGGCUGUGGUUCAAGCCGGCUCUAGGACUCCAAUCGAAAUACCGCACGAUUAUUCUGCCAACAACCUGGACUUGGAGCACAGGAUUAGUUAUUUCCGCGAAGACAUUGGCAUCAACCUGCAUCACUGGCAUUGGCAUUUGGUCUACCCGUUCGACGGACCGCUCAAUAUUGUAAAUAAGGACAGGCGUGGUGAAUUAUUUUUUUACAUGCACCAACAAAUUAUAGCUAGAUACAACAUGGAACGGUUAAGCAAUAAUUUGAAUAGAGUAGUUCGUUUGACCAACUGGAAUGAACCGAUUGCAGAGGGUUACUUCCCAAAAUUAGAUAAUAUUUUAGCAAAUCGUGUGUGGCCUCCAAGACCUGCCAAUGCAGUACUAAAAAAUAUUAGCAGAGAAGUAGAACAAAUCACAUUUGACAUAGAAGAUCUUGUGCGUUGGAGAGACCGUCUGUUCAAUGCUAUUCAUUCUGGAUUUAUUAUCAACACUGCUGGUCAACAAGUUAGAUUAACUGAAAAUGAAGGAAUAAACAUAUUAGGAAAUCUUAUCGAAGCUAGUAUAUUAAGUCAAAAUCCAAAUUUAUAUGGUUCUCUUCAUAAUAACGGUCACAAUGCAAUCGCUUAUAUUCACGAUCCUGAUAAUAGAUUUUUGGAAAACUAUGGCGUUAUGGGUGACUCAGCAACAGCUAUGCGAGAUCCAGUAUUUUAUCGCUGGCACGCAUAUAUUGAUGAUAUAUUCCAAGAAUUUAAAUCUACCAUACCAAGUUAUACUGUUCAAAAUUUGGGCUUCGACAGCGUAAAUGUGCAAAGCGUCGAAGUAACAGCUACUGGGUUACCGCGUAAUGAAUUUGCGACGUUUUGGCAGCAAAGUGACACUGAGUUAUCUAGAGGUUUGGACUUUUUGCCACGUGGAUCUGUAUUUGCACGAUUUACUCACUUACAACACGCUCCAUUCAAUUAUAAGAUUGUUGUUGAGAACAAUGGAAAUCAGCGAGUUGGAACAGUUCGUAUCUUCUUGGCACCUAAAUUUGAUGAACGUGGUUUACCAUUCUUAUUCAGAGAACAAAGAAAACUUUUUGUUGAACUUGACAGAUUUAGUGUAUCGUUAAAAAGGGGAAGAAACGAAAUCGUUCGUCGAUCAAUUGAAUCAUCAGUUACUAUACCACAUGAAGUAACUUAUAGAAAUCAAGGAAGUAACAGACCAGCCGCCAAUACAGAUGCAGCGGCAACAUUCAACUUUUGUGGUUGUGGGUGGCCACAAAACAUGUUGAUAGCUAAGGGAUCAGUAGAUGGGUUCCAGUGUCAAUUGUUUGUUAUGGUAUCUAAUGGUGAAAAUGAUCAGGUGCCGAAUGCGCAAGGAGACGCACAAGUGUGCGACGACGCGUCUAGCUACUGUGGCGUUCUUAAUUCCCGUUAUCCGGACGCCAGGUCCAUGGGCUAUCCAUUCGACCGCUUGCCACGGGACGGUGUUGUCACUCUCCAACAGUUUUUGACGCCCAACAUGGUCACGCAAGAUGUGCGCAUUCGUUUCAACAACCGUACUGUAGCUCCGUUGCAAAACGCUACAGCGAACAGACCCGCAACUACUGGUAACAGGAGGAACUGAGGCAUUGGCAAAUCGCAGUGAACACAAUACGCACGAUCAAAUUACUUUACACCGAUUUUAAAUACGUCUAAAUAGCAUAUUAUCGUUGUCAUUAGUCGAUGUAUUGACAUUAACAUGUCUUUUCUUGUAACAUUUGAAUAACUACUUUAUGAUCACUAUUAUCGUUACCAAGACAAACGCGUAAAUAAUAUAAUAGGUAUAUAAAACUGAAAACAAAUUUCUUUUUUUUUUCAAUUCAAAACUGUCAAAGAAACAUGUUCAUAUUUUAAAUCAUGGCCCAAUUUCUUUCUCAAAUCCCGGGGAGGGAUACCUAGGUGGCUAGGUCGAUUUCUCUCAUUUAAACCAUAAUAUUAUUACCACAACGAAAAUUGUACAUUAAUCACUAUGUGCAUGUCAAUAUCUGUGUCUUGAUUUUAUUAUACUAAUUUUUCUAUUCGAUUUUUAUCAAAUUGUAUUUAUUAAUGUAUUAUACAUAUUAAUAUACUACAUAAUAUGCACAUUAUACUUACAAUAUUAUUGA